GUGUGAUAUUAAAUGAGAUGGAAAAUAAUUCAGGACUGACAGAGUUGUAGCUUUUUUCUUACAGAGGAGCACUAAGAGGAAACUGGAGUCUCUACACUCUGAAGACUGAAUAGCUCUGUGUCUUAGGACACAGUACCACCUGCUGGUGGAAGGAAAAACCCAGGUUGCUAUGGUAACGGAAGGCAAACGCGGAAGUGAUCUCAGUCGCUUGAAAAGAAAAGAGUAGGAAAAUGCAGAGUGAAGGAUUUUAAGGAUCAAAUCCAACGCAAUACUAAGAGCUCCUUCAUCGUCUUUCAGUCUCCCAUCAUAGCAGCUAUACUGACUUACUGAAGAUACAGCUCUGUCUUGCAGAAUGCUAUCAGCAGUACCUUCACUGAAAGAGGAUGGCUGUGAAGGGAACAAGACAGAACAGAACCCCUUUAAGAUGCCUGAAGAUAACACCAUCUUCCACUUCAGAAAGACAGAGAAAGCUCACAAAAAACUAGAAUACCAGAGAGAUCUGAGUCUGUCUGUCCAUGAGAAGAAGACAUACUCAGGCAAAAUAAAAGCAAGACAGUUAGAGCUGAGGAAAAAACUGAGAGAUGGCCUGGAUGAAGAGGAAGCCGGCACCACAAAUCGCUCACAGUCUGAGGACUUCCUUCACAAAAAUGUCCCUUCAUCCAAAAUGAUCAUGAUCAAAGACCGUAACAUUGAAAAAGAGAGCAUACGGGAGUUUAUUAACAAGAAACGAGAGAUGUUCUACCUUGAGUAUGCUCUGGCAGUAAAGAGAGAAGAGAUUGCACAGCUAGAGGAGCGGGCAAGUCGUGAAGAGAAAAAGUUGGCUAAAGCUGAAAAGCUUCUGGAGGAUGAUGCUGCAUUGUUUGACACAUUUCUAAAAGAAAAUGACAAGAACUCAGUGGAAGCCAUCAGAAUUGCUGAGCAAGAGAGCAAAGCAAAACUGGAGAAAGUUGCUGAGAUCAAGAGGGUCACCUCUAAGAUGGUGGCCAUUAAAAGCAAUAUUUCUAAGCUUGAGGACACACUGCAGGAAUACAAACUCUACAGGGACUUUUUGUUUAAGCUUUCUCCUCCAGAUUGGCAGGAGAAACAGAGAACAAAGAAAAAAAGUAAGAAAACUAAAGCCACCUCUGCCAUCAAUAAUGGAGAGCAUGAGGGAAAGAGCAGAGAGACAGACAGAGGGAAAAAGACCCGGCAAUCUGAUAGGCAUACAGGUAGAGAGAAGAGGAGCCCUGUUCCACGAGAGCUGCCUCCUCUUCGUGGGGCCAGAGUUUCUUCUGGACAGAGCGUCAAGUCAACUUCUCAGAACAGCAAAAUAAGCUCUGCAUCUGACAGUGAUAGCUCAGAAGACGAGGAGGAUCCAGAGCUGUACUUCACAGAGCCUAAGCAGCUGCUGGAUCUGCUCAGUGAACUGGAAGAACAGAACCUCUCUCUGAUACAAAACUCUCAGGAGACUGAAGAGAGCCUGGAGAAGUUCAAACAGACCAUGAAACAGACUCGCAAUAACAUUGAGCAAGAGGCCAACCACCUGAACCAGCAGAUUGAUGCCAUGACAGUAGCGCUUAAGAGAGAAGAAGAGAAAACUGCAGAACUGGAGCUUAGUUCCAGGUUCUUUGACUUUGGAAAGAGCAAAGCAGAGGAGGAGAGCACUCUGAAUGCUCUGGGCCAGAAGGUAGAGGAGGUCUACCGGAGCUGUAUUGGAGACAGUGAAGCCAACCUGAGCACGUUACAGAUGCUGAUGGCAAUAGAGAGGCGACUGGGUGAUCUGCUGGAGAGCAUGGAGCUGAUUCCUGCUGACCGUCUCGCUAUGGCUGAGAGAGCCAAGGAAAAGGAGAGGAGAAUCAGACUGCGAGAUGAGAAGCUCACUCUGCAGAAGCAGCACCAGGAAGAGAGAAUUAAAAAAGCCACUGAAAGAGCUCAGGCUGAGAUCAAGCAAGCGUCUGGAAGGAAGCUGAUGCCUCGUUCCCAGCCUCCUGUUCGUAAACUCAAGAACAAAGAGCACAAGGAUAUCACAGACAAGGAAAAGGAGGAAUAUCUUUACUUUUUCACAUAAAGCAGUGUCUGUUUACUAAUGACUCCAUCAGCAUGCCACCCUCCCAGUCAGAGACAGAUUAUUAUAUCCUUGCUCCUGGGAGUCAAAGACUUUCUAUAUUGAUCGUUAAAAGGACUUAGCAGAAAGAUAUUUUCAGUAUAAUGUAGCUAACGUAGGUAUGUAAUGCAUUGACAAAUCUAAAAAGAACAAUAAUAAAUGAAUUCAUGAGUAACACA